AUGUAUGUGCCACCUGGAGAAGCAGGAAAACUCUGUUCACUGAUUCAACCACAUAAAAAGGAUUAUCAUAGAACUACACAAGCCAUCCAAGAUGGAAGAUGUUUUACUGAUCUAAGCAAAGAAUCUGACAGCGUAGAACACCAACUAAACAGCAAAAACAUUGACACCUUGAUGCAGAAGUUAAGUGAAAACAUGUUCCAAAAUACUAUUCUCAGGAGAAAAACACUUGAAAGGGAGAAACAGGUUAAAGAACUUACAUCCAGGCUUCAGCUUGAAAAAGCCAAUGUACAGAAGGGAGAACAUUUGUCAAGAUCAGCAAAGACAAUACAAGUUCACCUGCGACGUCAGAUUCAAAGAAAAGAAGCAGAAAAUGAUGAAUUGAAAGUGAAAAUACAGACUCUACAGAAGAAAAUAGCAGCAUGGAAACUUCAGUUUGGUGAAUGCAGGCAUCGGAUGUUAGCCUUAAAGGAAACAAGUGAGCAAAAGAAGACCGCUCUGAAAAAAGCAGUCAGGUGCCAGAAACAAAGAGCUGAGCACUUGGAAGCAGCUGUGGAAAAAUUAACCUCCAAAAUGAAAGAACGUGAAGUCAAACUGUCUGAGAUCCUGUCAGCUUCCAGCAGUUGGAAGAAGCAGCAUGAUAAAGUGGUUGAAGGAAAUACAACAUUAGAAACUCAAACAGAAGAUCUUAAGAAACAGAUCACAAGACUUUUGGAAGACCUGAAAAGAAAGGAGGAAUGGAGAAGAAACUCAGAUGAGGAAAUUCUUGGAAAGCUAAGUGCUGUUAACUCUGAAAACGAAAAGAUUUACCUUGAAAAUGAAAAAUUAAAGGCUUCCCUUGCUGCAUUGGAAAACAAUACUGUUUCUGUUGAAAAUGAGCGGCUAAAUCUGCAAGAAAAGGCAAAGCUCCAGGAAAACCUCAUUGAACAAUAUAAAAGCCAGGUACAAGAAUUACAAACAGCAGUAGAAGAACUGAAAUCCAGAUAUGCAACAGUCUUAAAUGAAAACAAAAGAAUAAUAGAAGACAAAAGCUUAGAGACAGAUAAGGUGAGGGACAAUGUGGACACUCAGUUAAAGGAGUUAGAGCAUGGUUUUGAGUUGCUGGAAGCACCUGAGGAAAAGCAGCAAUCAUAUCAGGAAAAGCUUAUGUCCUGGGAAAGGAUCCAUGCACAGAAAUGCAAAACCCUUAUGGAGCUGCAGGUUCAG